AUUAUCGAGCAAUGCAUUAUGGGAUAUCGAAAUGGAGUCCUUCCUGCGGGAAUCAGUUACGAUGUCCUGUGUUAUGUAGCCGCGUACUUUCGUUAAUCGGCAGAGUAAACAUUUAAUUUCCACACGUAAUAUACUCCCAUACACAAUAUGGGGGUGUUGUGUUUUGCGAGGGGGGCUUUCACGUCCGCCGGCCUUUACGCCAGAAAACACACCGGUCGGUAUUUGUGCGUAACUUCUCUCUCCGGUAUUUCAGCUCCAGUCGGAAUCCGUGUCAAGAGGUACAGCCAGGACACGACUAACGGUAGCGAUGCCACUGGACAGUUUGCGUGCUAUCACCUGCUUCACAGGACUUUACUAAAGAUCCAGGGUCAAGAUACAAGUCCGUUUCUUCAGGGCAUUAUAACCAACGACAUGGAGCUGCUGGAGGAGCCUGGACACGCAGCCAUGUACUCACAUAUGCUGAAUGUACAAGGAAGAACGCUAUAUGACAUAAUUCUGUACAGUCUGAAAGACGCUGAUGCCGGACACGGUGUUUUCCUGGAGUGUGACUCCACUAUUAAGGACUCAAUCCUGAAACAUUUGAAGUUGUACAAGAUCCGCAGAAAGGUCAACAUAAACCCGUGUCCAGAGCUCUCUGUAUGGGCAGUGCUUAGCAAGCAGAAGAACGUGGCUGCAGAGGCCAGUAAACCAGAGCUCUCCUGUCCAGACAAAGCUCUGGUGUGGGAGAGUGAUCCUCGAACUCGGGAAAUGGGCUGGAGAUUGGUGUUAGAUAGUCAGCUUAACCCCUUGGAUGUCAUUGCAUCAUGUCAGAAAGGUGACAUAGAGGAGUAUCACAGACAUCGCUAUGCAAUAGGUCUUCCUGAGGGAGUGAAGGACCUCCCCCCUGGGGUGGCACUACCACUAGAGUCAAAUCUUGUCUACAUGCAGGGUAUCAGCUUUAGCAAGGGCUGUUACAUUGGCCAGGAGCUCACGGCCAGGACUCAUCACACUGGGGUGAUCCGGAAACGGCUGAUGCCAGUACGCUUGUCAGCUCCAGUCCAAGACCUCCAGGAAGGAGCUGCUCUGCAAACGCAGUCAGGCAAGCCAGCUGGGAAGCACCGAGCGGGGGUUGGAGAGCUGGGACUGAGCCUAAUCCGCAUGGCUCAUGCCAAAGAGGUAUUGACGCUCAACUGUUCUGAUGACAACACAGUGUCACUUGAAGCCUCUGUGCCAGACUGGUGGCCUAAAGACGUGAAAAUCAACUGAAGAGGAGGAUGUUUCAUAGCUCCCUCAAAUGUGACAUACAUCACAUCUGACAGACGUCUCAUUGACAGAACCCUCAAGUACAGUAUGUUACACUGUCCUUAGUUUUUGCUUUUACUGACGUUGUGUGGCAUUAAUCCAUGCUUGUAUUUUUGUUUUGUUUGCAGCAAAACCUGUUUUUGGAUUGAUUUUAUCCCAAAUUGUAAAGUGUUGUUCACGACAGAGCAGAGAACAGAUCCACUGCAGGAUAUGCCAAUAUGCCAACUGUGAUGUGGUACUGGUAGUUGUUGAAUAAAUAUACAAACUAGUGAUUUAAAGAUUCA